AGAAUCCGGUUCGCCCCUGCUGUAAAUCCAGGGAAGCUCCAGGCGUGGGGGCCGGAUGUGACCUCCAUUGGCUUCCGCCUCUGGGAUCUGAGAGAAGAGAGCGCAUCUCUCUGAGGGGUGUCUUGAGAGUGGCAGAGGGCAGCGGGUGCAGGCUCCAUGAGGAGGCAAGCCUUGGGAAUCUGAGGGAUGGAGACUCAGUUCCGCAGAGGGGGUCUGGGGUGCAGCCCUGCCAGCAUCAAGAGGAAGAAGAAGAGGGAGGACUCAGGAGACCUUGGACUCCAGGUGAGCACUAUGUUCUCAGAGGACGACUUCCAGUCAACAGAAAGAGCCCCAUAUGGUCCACAACUACAGUGGUCCCAGGAUCUGCCAAGAGUCCAGGUUUUUAGAGAACAGGCCAACCUGGAGGACAGGAGUCCCAGGAGAACCCAGAGGAUCACUGGAGGAGAACAAGUGCUGUGGGGCCCCAUCACCCAGAUAUUUCCCACAGUUCGGCCUGCUGACCUAACCAGAGUCAUCAUGCCUCUUGAGCAAAGAAGUCAGCACUGCAAGCCUGAGGAAGGCCUUCAGGCCCAAGAAGAAGACCUGGGCCUGGUGGGUGCACAGGCUCUCCAAGCUGAGGAGCAGGAGGCUGCCUUCUUCUCCUCUACUCUGAAUGUGGGCACUCUAGAGGAGUUGCCUGCUGCUGAGUCACCAAGUCCUCCCCAGAGUCCUCAGGAAGAGUCCUUCUCUCCCACUGCCAUGGAUGCCAUCUUUGGGAGCCUAUCUGAUGAGGGCUCCAGCAGCCAAGAAAAGGAGGGGCCAAGUACCUCGCCUGACCUGAUAGACCCUGAGUCCUUUUCCCAAGAUAUACUACAUGACAAGAUAAUUGAUUUGGUUCAUUUAUUGCUCCACAAGUAUCGAGUCAAGGGGCUGAUCACAAAGGCAGAAAUGCUGGGGAGUGUCAUCAAAAAUUAUGAGGACUACUUUCCUGAGAUAUUUAGGGAAGCCUCUGUAUGCAUGCAACUGCUCUUUGGCAUUGAUGUGAAGGAAGUGGACCCCACUAGCCACUCCUAUGUCCUUGUCACCUCCCUCAGCCUCUCUUAUGAUGGCAUACAGUGUAAUGAGCAGAGCAUGCCCAAGUCUGGCCUCCUGAUAAUAGUCCUGGGUGUAAUCUUCAUGGAGGGGAACUGCAUCCCUGAAGAGGUUAUGUGGGAAGUCCUGAGUAUUAUGGGGGUGUAUGCUGGAAGGCAGCACUUCCUCUUUGGGGAGCCCAAGAGGCUCCUCACCCAAAAUUGGGUGCAGGAAAAGUACCUGGUGUACCGGCAGGUGCCCGGCACUGAUCCUGCAUGCUAUGAGUUCCUGUGGGGUCCAAGGGCCCACGCUGAGACCAGCAAGAUGAAAGUUCUUGAGUACAUAGCCAAUGCCAAUGGGAGGGACCCCACUUCUUACCCAUCCCUGUAUGAAGAUGCUUUGAGAGAGGAGGGAGAGGGAGUCUGAGCAUGAGAUGCAACCAGGGCCAGCGGGCAGGGAAAUGGGCCAAUGCAUGCUUCAGGGCCACACCCAGCAGUUUCCCUGUCCUGUGUGAAAUCAGGCCCAUUCUUCCCUCUGUGUUUGAUGAGAGAAGUCAGUGUUCUCAGUAGUAGAAGGCACAGUGAAUGGAAGGGAACACAAUGUAUACUGCCUUUAGGUUUCUCUUCCAUCGGGUGACUUGGAGAUUUCUUUUUGUUUCCUUUUGGUAAUUUUCAAAUAUUGUUCCUGUAAUAAAAGUUUUAGUUAGCUUCAACAUCUAAGUGUAUGGAUGAUACUGACCACACAUGUUGUUUUGCUUAUCCAUUUCAAGUGCAAGUGUUUGCCAUUUUGUAAAACAUUUUGGGAAAUCUUCCAUCUUGUUGUGAUUUGCAAUAGGUAUUUUCUUGGAGAAUGUAAGAACUUAGCAAUAAAGCUGAACUGGUGUUGUGAAACAGAGAAAUAAAAGGAGAAGGUCAUUAA